AUGACAGAGUGGUUAGAUGAGGAAGUAGUGUUUGGUAAUAACAGUGUAUUGAUUGACGGUGCUUGGAGAGCUGUAAAACUUCGAGGUUGGCUGGGAGUAAAUCUGGGUGGAGUUGAAUAUGACGACCUUUCAUAUACAGCCGUUUCAGUUGUGGUUGAAACAAUGUUGAGACAUUCAAUUAGAUUAGUAAAGAAGCAACAAACAUUGGUAAAUGGUGUACGUAAUUACACCACUGGUGUUGGUAGAACUGCAUUGUUUGCCGUUAACAACUGCCCAACCAUCAACAACAACAACAAUGCAUCAUAUCUUAACUAUUCAUUAAAGAUGGUUGCACCACAAGUACAUUCAUAUCAUGUUCCAUCAUCAAGAUUCUACUCCACUCAAUAUCCACCACAUAUUAAGAUUGAUAUGCCAGCAUUGUCACCAUCGAUGACAGAGGGUAAUAUUGUAGCUUGGAAUAAGAAGGUUGGAGAUCAAAUUAAAGUUGGUGAUAUCAUUGCUCAAAUCGAAACCGAUAAGGCAACCAUGGAUUUCGAAUGUUUGGAAUCAGGUUAUCUCGCAAAGAUCAUUGCUCCAGAAGGUACCAAAGGUAUUCCAAUCAAUAGUUUGAUUGCUAUUUUCGCAAAGAAGAAGGAAGAUAUCGAGAAGUUCAAAGACUAUUCAGCUUCUGCUGCUCCAGCCGCCGCCGCUGCUGCUCCAGCUCCAGCUGCUGCUGCCGCACCAAAGGAAGCACCAAAGCCAGCUGCCGCCGCACCAAAACCAGCUGCCUCAUCAAAGACUUAUCCAAAACAUAUCGUUGUUGGUAUGCCAGCACUUUCACCAUCAAUGGAGACUGGUGGUCUUGCCAAGUGGAACAAGAAGGUUGGAGAUCAAGUUAAAGUUGGUGAUAUCAUUGCUCAAGUCGAGACUGACAAGGCUACUAUGGAUUUCGAAUGUUUGGAAUCAGGUUAUGUUGCCAAGAUUUUAGUUCCAGCCGGUACCUCUGGUGUUAACAUUGACAGCCCAGUUUGUAUUUUAGCUGCAAAGAAAGAAGAUAUCGAUAAAUUCAAUGAUUACACUGUUGGUACUAGCACCAGUGCUCCAGCUGAAUCAGCACCAGCCGAAUCAGCUGCUCCACAACAAACAUCGACACCAUCAAGCUCAUCAUCAUCUGCACCAAGACAACAAAACAACGAAGGUGGAAGAAUUUUCUCAUCACCAGCUGCCAGAUUCGUUGCCAAGGAGAAGGGUGUCAAUAUUGCCGAUGUCUCUGGAACCGGACCAAAUCAACGUAUUGUAAAGGCUGACGUUUUGAACUAUCAACCAAAGGCUGUCGAGGAAGUCGCUCCAGCUGCUGCCGCCACUACCACCGCCACACGUCCAGCCGUCGCCACCGAACAAGUCGGUGAAUACACAGACAUUCCACACUCGAAUAUUCGUAAGGUCACUGCUGCGCGUCUCACUGAAUCCAAGCAAACCAUCCCACAUUACUACCUCACCAUGGAGUGUCGUGUCGACAAGCUUCUCAAGGUGCGUACCGAGUUGAACGGUCAAGCCGACGGAAAAUACAAGUUGUCGGUCAAUGACUUUAUUAUCAAGGCUGCCUCUGCCGCUUUGAAGGACGUCCCCACUGUAAAUAGCACUUGGAUGACCAGUGCCGUUCGUCGUUUCCACAAUGUCGAUAUCAACGUUGCCGUCAACACCGACAUCGGUUUGUUCACACCGUUGGUACGUGACUCUGACAAGAAGGGAUUGGCAACCAUUGCCAACCAGGUGCGUGAGAUGGCCGACAAGGCCAAGAAGGGUAAGCUCCAACCACAGGACUUCCAAUCCGGUACUUUUACCAUUUCCAACUUGGGUAUGUUUGGUAUCAAGAGUUUCUCUGCCGUCAUUAACCCACCACAAGCCGCUAUCUUGGCCAUCGGAACCACUGAGUCACGUUUGGUGCCAGCCGAGAAGCCAAAGGAAGGUGAAUUGCCAUACGAAACCGCUACCAUCCUCUCUGUCACUUUGUCAUGUGAUCACCGUGUUAUCGAUGGUGCUGUAGGUGCUGAAUGGUUACAACGUUUCAAGGAUUACAUCGAAAAUCCAUUGAAGUUACUUUUAUAA